GAACUAUGAAGAGCCUGAAUAUGUGUGUGUAUUUAUGAGUAAGUUCUAGAUUGAUGGCAAAUUUAAUGAACUGCUGAAGACAUAACAUGGUAUUUAAUCUUUUUAAACCUGACAUUGAUGAAAUAUUGGCUUCAGGUCCAAAAUUUAAAUUGAUCAAUUUCACAUCAUCAUCAGAGAUAUGAUUGUAGUGGAUUCUGCUUGCAACAAAGAAGUACCAACAACUUACAUUUGAGAAUAUCAGAGUAAACAAGACAAAUUAGUAGAGACUCUAAUAAGUCUAAAUGUGCAGAAGCUUGCUUUGCAAUUUUGCUCACUAAUUUAUCCUACUUUUCUUUUACAUAUUUAAAUAGGCACAGCAUCGUGCAAAAAAGCCAUCAGAACACCUCAACCAAGGCAUAACCAUGCACAGUACUGAACAAUAAUACUAUUUAGCAAAGUAUAAACAAGUCAAAGCCCUUCUACAUGUAAGUCGCAUAAAGACACAUGUAUCACAAAUAUUAGAUGUAUUUGUGAAAUGACCGUAGAAUUCUGUCAGUAGUUUUAGUAGACAAAACUAAAAAAAAAAAAAUUUAAAAAAAAAAAUCCAAAUUAAAAAGUUAAAACAGACAAACUCUUCUUCUUCCUUUUUAGAUACACAUUCUCAGUCACAUGACCCACAUAGAGAAUAUGUUAUUUACAUAUUGGGCGCCUCUUCCGCGCGUGCUGUGACGUCGGCCAAUCAGAGCCCUCAAUAUGCCAAACCACGCCCGCGCGGCAAGUCGUGUCGCGCGCUUCAUUAGAAGUAUUGUAUUGGCGGACGGGCGCGCAGAAGUUCAGUUAGUGUCCUUUAAACUGUGUUUCAUCGGGUAUCUCAAACGAACAGACUUAUCGUGGUGCUAAACUGAAGAAAAAAAAAAAAACAGACUUUGAGGUUGAAGCAGCUCUCGGUGUGUUUGAAGAAGCUGCCCACUCCAGCAACUGAAGCUCCUCUCCCCCGCCGCAGGAGAGUUAUUGUCGCCUACCCGUGGGAUUUAAAGUUUUAGCUAACAGCCGAGUCGGGGGCCAUUAGCAGGUCGUUAGCUCCACAUCUUCACCGAUAAGCCUCCUCACAAUGGCAGCUGUAUGCCAACCACGACGUGCCUUAAUGGAAAUACCUGCUCCACAGCCCAAAAUUGAAGCUCGGUUUAGGAGAUCUUAUUUGGAAAUUCUGAGUGCCCCAUCUCCACUUCCGAGAGGGAGAAAUGCAACUUCAAUCUCCAAACGUCUACAGUCAUUGGACUUGUGGAGUGGGAGGAUACACGAGCAGUGUGAGAAGAUGGAUGAACACCAUACCCCGCUCUCCAAACAACAGCUGGUACAGCUGAUCAGAUCUCUCAUCUUAGUUGAGCAGAGUCAAGAUCCCAAAACUCUUGCAUCUGACCUGAAGUAUCUCCAAGAAGACUUGCAACUUAAAAAGGCAAAUGUUUACAGAUCCAUACCCUACUCACGCUUUGGCUCAAACAGAGAUGCUCACUGCUACAGAAAGGCGUAUCCUCAUCUGGUGGCCUUCAAAGUUUCGUGUCAGGAAUGGGGCCAGGUUUUACUCAGGAAUAAAGAGUGGGACUCAGUGUUGGAGCACACACUGAUGGCAUGGCGCAUCACCAGUGAGUUGCCCCAGUGGGAUACAGCAAGCCAUAAUGCUCUCCGAGAACAGUGCUACAACAUUUUGGCAACUCACAGCCUCACUGCUCUUCAGCAUUACAGGCCUACACCCAACAGAGGACGCGAGCUGCUCAGGAGGUUCAAGAUGGCUCAGUUUCACUGCCAGUCAAUUGCUCCCUGUGUCCAGGAGUUGCAGAGGAUUUUGGGACAAACUGAUAACCCUUCCAUGGACACAAAUUAAUGUGGGGAGAUGCUGUCUAAUCAGGUGUCUACCCCCCAAUGGAAAGUGUACUUGUGUAAAUGAUGUAAGUGAUUUGUGAGUGGUAAGGGCCAAAAAACACUUCGCAGGGUAGUGAUGAUUCAGGAAAGCCAGUAGAGUAUUUUCCAAAGGGCAGGUUGGCAACUGAAAAUGUAAUAAAUGCCAGAUCGUUGGUUUUCAGAUGGUAAUAAACACCUGCUGAGUGGUUUAAAAUGCAGUGAAACCACAUUUAAUCACACUGCAUUAUUGGAAGCUCAAAGAUGUCGGUACAUGCAGCAAUAUAAUUGAAGCUUGAAUAUUUUUUUAGAAUUUAUGUGUAGAACAACCUGUGCAUUAAGGGUUGAAAGUAUGAAAUUGACUUUGUUAUAUUGGUGUGUGUGUGUGUGUGUGUGUGUGUGUGUGUGUGUGUAUAUAUAUAUAUGUCCUUGUUACAUUUGACAAUACUUGAAACUGUGGCCUUUGCUGCCUAACUAGUUAUGUCUGUUUAAGAUGUUAUGUACUGUUUGUAAGGAAUUGUCUUUGUCACUGAUUGCACUGGUGCUGUUUGACCUGAAAACUUGAAAAGGAUUGAUAAAAUAGAUCAUUAAUUUAAUAAAGUCAUUACUUUGGACUGUAGAGGAGCUCCUUGUCUGUGUUUUGAGCUGCAUGGAGCUUCUUUUUCAUUUAAACCCACUUCAAAGUUACAACAUUGAGGUCAGACCUGGGCAAUAACUCAUGAGCUUACUAUUACUACUAAUGUCUUCAUGUUGUGAUUAAUAUAUGUAUAUAUUAAUAUAUUUUUUUCCUCAAGUGUUUCA